CAAAGUACCAGCCGAGACCGAGCGGAGAGCAGUGGGGAGACGAGCGGUGGCAGCCGCCUGGACCGCAGCCCCUGCUGCUCCUGGACCCCAGCCGCACCGAGCCGCACUGAGCCUCUCCUUCACCGCCCGGGGGCUGGUCCCCGGCCGCCUGUCUUCUCUAGCUGCCUGGACUUAGCGGUGCUUGGAGAUCCACGGCUCCCCGUUGGGUCCCGUCUCUUUCCCCUUGGAGCCGGCCUCCAGGGAGCCCCCCAGCCGGCCAGCCCAGGACUCCGCGAGGCUCGGCACAGCCCGUGGGAACUUGUCCGGAGGAGCCCGUAGGGGCUGACUGGGGGGUGGGGUGGAGGGGGCGUAGGCCGGGCAGCGGGGGAGCAGGAAGAGGAGCGGGAGAAGGAGAACAAGAAGGAGGAGGGUAGGGAGCAGAGCGGCGGCGGCGGCGGCAGCGGCGGCGGCCCGAGCGGCGGUGGAGAAGGGCAGCCGCUGCCGCGGGAGGGCCAUGCCCGGCUCCGCUCAGCCCCGCUGCCCCGCGUUCCCUCGGCUCGGAACCCCGACGGCAGCCCUCUAGGAUGCCUUUCCCGGCCCUGCUCCAAGUGGGCUUCGACGGGCGCGGCCCCGACAGCGGCCCAGGGGGCGGAGGAGCUGGCGGCGGGGCCAGCGGGGGCGCGGGCGGCGGCGGCGGGGGCUCGGACGGCUCGGCCGUAGUGGUCGCUGGAGUCCCCGCCGGGGCCGGGGGCGCCGCCGUGGUAGGCGCGGGCGGUGGCGAGGGCAACCGCUCGUUCGCCGGGGGCCCGGGGGUGGCGUGCCCGGCGGGCAGCCCGGGCGGCGCUGGCGACGUGAACGGCACGGCUGCGGUGGGGGGCGUGGUGGUGAGCGCCCAGGCGCUGGGCGUCGGGGUCUUCCUGGCGGCCUUCAUCCUCGCUGCCAUCGCGGGCAACCUGCUGGUCAUCCUGUCCGUGGCCUGCAAUCGGCACCUGCAGACCGUCACCAACUACUUCAUCGUCAACCUGGCGGUGGCCGACCUGCUCCUCAGCGCCACCGUCCUGCCCUUCUCGGCCACCAUGGAGGUGCUGGGCUUCUGGGCCUUCGGCAGGGCCUUCUGUGAUGUGUGGGCCGCCGUGGACGUGCUCUGCUGCACCGCCUCCAUCCUCAGCCUCUGCACCAUCUCGGUGGACCGCUAUGUGGGCGUGAGACACUCGCUCAAGUACCCCGCCAUCAUGACUGAGCGCAAGGCGGCCGCCAUCCUGGCCCUGCUCUGGGCCGUGGCCCUAGUGGUGUCCGUAGGGCCCCUGCUGGGCUGGAAGGAGCCGGUGCCCCCCGACGACCGCUUCUGUGGCAUCACGGAGGAGGCGGGCUACGCCGUCUUCUCAUCUGUCUGCUCCUUCUACUUACCCAUGGCCGUCAUCCUGGUCAUGUACUUCCGGGUGUACGUGGUGGCCCGCAGAACCACCCGGAGCCUGGAGGCCGGCGUCAAGAGGGAGCGGAGCAAGUCCACGGACAUCGUCCUCCGCAUCCACUGCCGAAGCUCUGGGCCUGAGGACUCCCGCGUGGCCAAGGGCCACAACUUCCGCAGCUCCCUGUCCGUCCGCCUGCUCAAGUUCUCCCGGGAGAAGAAGGCAGCCAAGACACUGGCCAUCGUGGUGGGCGUCUUUGUCCUUUGCUGGUUCCCCUUCUUCUUCGUCCUGCCCCUGGGCUCACUCUUCCCGCAGCUGAAGCCGUCGGAAGGCGUCUUCAAGGUCAUCUUCUGGCUGGGCUACUUCAACAGCUGCGUGAACCCCCUCAUCUACCCGUGCUCGAGCAAGGAGUUCAAGCGCGCCUUCGUGCGCCUGCUGCGCUGCCAGUGUCGCCGCCGGCGCCGCCGGCCGCUCUGGAGGGUCUAUGGCCACCACUGGCGGGCGUCGGGGGGCUCCCGGCGGGACUGCGCGGCCUCCGGGGCGGCCCCGCUCGGCCCGCCGGCCCGGGCCGUCUCCCUGCUGCCCGGCAGCCCGGCCCCGGCCGCCUUGCGCGAGUGGAAGCUCUUCAAGAAACCCACGACUUCGCAGCUGCGCGCCAAGGUCAGCAGCUUGUCGCACAAGCUCCGCGCUGCCGGGCCAUCGGGGAGCUCCCCCGCCGCCACGCCCUCCCGCAGCGAGGUGGAGGCCAUCUGCCUCAGCGUCCCCCAGGACGGGCCUGACGCGGCUGCCCACCGCGCCUACGACUUGGACGACUACUGCGGCCUCCGAGAGACAGAUAUUUAAAGGGCCGCCGGGGCCGCCCCGGGCUACGCGGAGCGAGAGAAAGCUGGGUGGACAGCUGGGCCCAGGCAGCCUCCCCCGGGACAGGCCCAUCACAGCGGGGCCUCUCCGGCCACGAGUUCAAAGGCAGCUGCGGUGGGAAGGGCUCCAGGCCAGCCGGGACCAAGCUUGGGGGCGCCCUGUGCCUCCUCGGGGCUGGGAUGGCUCUCAACCAAGGGACACUUCAAGCGUUCCAUGGGGCCCACGCAUCAAUUCGAGGGUGCUUGCCUGGGGCGGAGGGAAGACCCAUCCACACCACCGUCCUGGCGCCCAGCAUCUCCAGACGAGAAGCCAAUCUCCAGCCCUGUUUGGGGGGACUCAGUGGGAAAGCUCCCCAGACCUAACGGUGGUCACGGAUUGAAGCGGAGACCCAACCUGCCGCCCCUUUGAGCAUUCCCCCCGCCCCCAGGCCAGCCCCUUGCUCAGCCCUUGGACAAGAGCCUAAGGCCCCACCCCACACUGCUCAGAUCUAACAUCCGGGUCAAAGACAAAGGCAGUGUGAUGGAGUGGAGAGAGGGCCAGCCUUGGAGUCAGGAAGCCCUGAGUUCAAGACCUACCUCUGACAUUUCGUGGCAGUGGGCAAGUCACUUAUCCUCUUGGUGAGCUGGGCAACUAACUCAUUUAAGCCUCUUGUUGCAGAGGAGUUCCUAUGUUUAUGGAGGGGCUUUCCACGCCAGAAGUUCCCUGCCUGAUGAACUCACAGGUCUGGACCAAAACAUAAACAAUGAAUUUUAUUUAUACAUAUAUAUAUAUAUAUAUGAUCCCCCUGGCAAAAUGAGGGAACUCCUAUGCUCCUGUAAUCCCUUUCCUGGGUGUUGUGGUCCCUGGACACUCACCCCUAGGUGCUCACAGACUUCCUGAAGAGGGCCCCACGGGCUCAGGGGAGGGAAAGCCCCCCUGCUUCUACUAAAAGUUCUCUUCUCUUGGCCUUUCCUCAAGUCACUGAAGUCAUGAGUUGAGUUUGGGUCUUACCCCACCCAUUCAGAGUUUUACUCACCAAAUGCCCCCUUUCCAGUGGGUGGCCCACCCUUUGGGAGUCCUUGGUGAGCUUCUACCACUCCUCUCCCAGGAGCCUCCCUCCUCUGCAGACUUCCCCUUCGAUCUCUUUUCCCUCUGCCCAUCUCCACUUGGACUCUCUAUUGCUUCUCGAAGGCUUGGUCCCCUGAGGAGAGGAGAGGAGAGGGGCCACCUCUCUGGACAUGCAGGAGUCUCCCGGCCCCAAGUGCCCACCUCCCCAGCCAGGCCCCUGCCACUGAGCAACACUCCCACCUGGAUUCACCCAUCUAACUGUUGAUCCCGACUGGCCCCUGCCCCCCCCCACCGGGGCCAAGCCAUGCCAUCCUAGUGUUUACACUGUACAUAUCUCUGUGCAUGUUAUAAUGCUUCUCGCCUGUGUUUGGGAGCAUCCACAGAGUGGUUUUCCUUUUCCUUCUCCGAGAUGUAUUUAUUGGUCAGAGUAUUUGUUCCGUGACUCGCUCUGUGCCCGUGCACUGGGCACACCUGUGUACCCCCUGCAAGCCCCUGAUCCCUUACAAAUGGCUGCUUUCCUUGUCUAAAGUCCAGCAAGCACUCACUCGAUGGCCAGAGACGGAGGACCAGCACUGUGCGGUCGGGAUUGAUGCUGAGGUUUCUGGUUCUGCAAUCAGAGGGAGGGGAGAACAGGCUUAAAGCUGGCAGGGCACCAGAAAGGCCUAGGAGAGAGGCGGCAGCAUGGUAGAGUGGCAGAAGGGCCGCCAGAAGCGGGGAGCCCGGGGUUCACGACCUACCUCUGACAGACCGGCAUUACCGAUUUCCAAAACCAAAUCAAACCAUCACCUCUCCUCGGGGCCAUAAGCACAACUUUUCACCUUGCCUUGCUGAACAGGGAGGUUCAAGAUGUGCCAAGAGUCCCAGAAGAAGAGGCAGCCAUCAGUGCAAGGAGCAAAACAUGCACUUCCCAACAGAAGCAAGCAAACAGGCUGAUGGAGCCGAGAUCCACAAACCUGGCUGUUAUCUUUGGGUGCAGGAUCAGACUUUUCAUUUCCUGUAUACUCGCCAAACUAAUAAGCCCUUAUCUUUCGGCUACCGUUUCCAGCCCAGGAGAAAUCAGGCUGCUCCCGAAGGCCCUUGGGGCUCUGCUCACAGCUUGGGAAGGAGCCCAAGUCCUUAAGGAACUUGGAAAUAGAAAAAGAAAAGAAAAAAAAAGGGGGGGGGGGUAAUUUGAGGAUGUAAAACCAGACAGCAUGGCCCAAAAUUACCAGAAAGGAAGGUUAAUAAGCUAAAGAAUUCCUGGCACUUCAGAACUCCUAAACUUCUCCCAUACACGAUUAAAAGGGUCCUGUAAUUUCAGAUCUAUAAUGUCUAAGGGGGUGGGGGGAAAUGCUGGCUUACCGUAAUUUCCAGCCUAUUGCAUGCAUAGGAAACUCGCUUUUGGCUUGAGAGAGGCUGAUAUUUCCUGAUCUUCUCUAGCCCUCUCUCGUACGACUGAAAUCAUGUUAUCUCAGGCCUGUAUUGCACCCACUGUAUUCAAGGGGAGAAAUACAAGGUUCCAUCAUUUCCAACCCAUCACGACCUCUGGGGCAGGACUUUGAAGAUGGAUGGAGUAACAUCAUGUCCAACCCUCAGAUGAGGCUGAAGGGUCACCUUGUUGGCUGGCAGGUGGCCUCAGAGGCUGAAAAAAAAGAAAAGAAAAAGCAGUGUGGUGUUUUCGACUCACGAGGAGGAUCCCCGCAGGGUUGGAAGGCCAGCAGGAGGGAGUCCACAUCCCCAAAGUAAAGCAGGUUCUAGAUGGUGUACGGUUCCAUGUAGACCACAGCACCUAGUCAAGCUUCCAGGCUGGUGGGAAAUUGAUCAAAAUUGCCUAAUGGAGAAAGGGGACCCCACAAAAGGAAAGGAACUAAGGUUAUUCCUCUGGAAAAAGGGAAGACAAUCACAGGCUUUAGGUUGGGGUAUGGAGCAGGAGGAAGCGGGCAGAUGCUGGACCCUGUGAUGAUCGAUGACCAAGGUGGGCAUGGGAAGUCCUGAAAUGAGGAGGGUCCUUUGCCUAAUCCUGGGGGGUACGGAAGAAAGAUAGUAGAGAGAGAGCAAAAGUGCCCCAGACCCAUGGACACCACCAUCCCCCAAUAGCCUAGCCUAAGUGCUCUCCAUUAACCCAUUGUAAAGUGAAUCAAGUCUGUCAUUCCAUCCCCUCCUUUGUCAGACCCCUCUCCCCCAGGUGCCUAGUGCCAUCAUGGGCACUGCCAGUCCAAGGCAGAGUCAGCUUUCCUUGUCUUACACCUGGCUUAUCUGGCCAGGGAAGAUGUGGGCAGGCACUCCUCCCAAGCCAAGGGACUGAGCAUAUCAGGGAGUCUGGAAGGGGUAAUUUCCUGGAGGCUGGCCUCCCUCCCACUGCCAGCCCCUAGCCACCACUCAGUGCCAUCUCUGUCAGAAUCUGUGCCCCAACGGGCUUCUGUGGAAACUUGUUCUGAUGAUCAAUAAAACACCAUGCUUAGUA